AUGCCUGUCUCCGUGUGGAAGAGAGCAUCCGCGAACAAUACUACUCUCCAACAUGUAAAAAAUGGCGCGCAUCACCGCGAUAUAUUUGGAAAUGAAGAUGGCGGAUCCCGCAUAAUGACGGUCACCAAACACGACGGUGGAGGAACGACUCUCACGACACCAUGUAUCGGAUAUAUCAUUGUCACAGAGGGUGAGCUAUCCGUGGAAGAUGGUGCCAAACCUGGAGACAUCUCAGCCUUGGAGCCUGGCGACGUGGUCCGCAUCGACAAAGGUACAACUGUCACCUGGUCCUCCCCAACUUCGAGAAAAGGAUUUUACGUUGGCCAACACGAAUUUGAGAGUGACCAGAACAAUCAUCUGGUUUGA